GCAAACUCCAUUAACUGAAUUAUUGAAUAUAAAGCACCCUGUUAUGUUAGCAGGUAUGAACGUCGCUGCUGGCAGCAAGCUAGCAGCUGCCGUUUCAAACGCUGGCGGUAUUGGUGUCCUCGGUGGUUUGGGAUACACACCAAAGAAUCUCCAGCACCAAAUUGACGAAUUAAAGGCCGGAUUAGUUGACAAGAACCUCCCAUUCGGAGUUGAUUUGCUACUUCCGAAAGUUGGUGAGGGUGCCCGCAAGACAAACUAUGAUUACACCAAAGGGCAGCUUCCUGAACUCUUAGACGUCAUAAUUAAGAAUGGCGCUAAAGUGUUUGUAUGCGCUGUAGGUGUACCACCGAAGUUUGCAGUCGAUAAGCUCCAUGAAGCCGGUAUACCAGUUGCAAACAUGAUCGGACAUCCAAAGCAUGCACAAAAAGCUAUCGAUGCCGGUGUUGAUAUCCUUAUCGCACAGGGUGGUGAAGGUGGUGGCCACACUGGUGAUGUACCAACUAGUGUUCUCAUCCCAACUGUCGUUGAAGCCGUACAAGGUGUUAAGAGUCCACUCACAGGCAAGCAGAUACAAGUUGUAGCCUCUGGUGGUAUUUACAAUAGCAAGGGUUUAGCAGCAGCAUUAUCAUAUGGUGCAUCUGGUGUCUGGGUAGGCACCCGUUUCGUCGCAUCAGCUGAAGCAGCAGCACCAAAAUACCACAAAGAUCUCGUAUUAAAGAGUACGUGGGAUGACAAUAUCCGCACAUUGAUUUACACGGGUAGACCACUCCGUGUAUACGGACACGACUACGUUAAAGACUGGGAAGAGAACCGUAGAGACGAAAUCAAGGAGUUGACAUCAAAGGGCUUAGUACCACAUGAGGUUGAACUAGAAAAGAGACCAGAAAUUUCAGCCAAAACACGUAUGUGGCUCAUGGGUAAGGUAUCUGGUUCUAUCGAUAAGGUAGAAACAGCGAAGGAGAUAGUCGAUGAGAUGGUUACAGGUGCAGCCAGAAUCAUACAAGAGAAUACCAAGUACCUCUCUAGACAAGCUAAGCUUUGAAGUUAUGAUUUGUUAUUGAUGAAUAUUUUCACGAUUUUGUUUGAUUUCGAAAGGGGAUGAGAAGGAUUGUAAUGGGUGUAAAUAAAUAAAUUCAUUAAAUCAUAUCAUAACUUAAAUUUAAUAUUUU